CUGGGCAAACUGCAGAACAAAGUCCUCCCGCCAAACGUUAUCGGCUUAUCCUGACAUCCAACGGUCAGAGAGAGAGAGAGAGAUUCAGCGAUGUCCAUCUCCUCUGUUGCUUAUUCUCUCUCUAAACCUGCCCAAUUCACAUUCGAAUAUCCCCAAAAGUACUGCCCUACAAGUACAAACUCCAAAAAAUGGCGUAUCAAAGCUUCAUCCGCUGCCCCCGGAGUUGAUUUGUCAUCUCUGGACUCCGCCAUUGCCAAGAAAGAUAGCAAUGCAGUUAAAGAGGCACUCGAUCAGCUGAGUGAAGUUGGUUGGGCCAAAAAGUGGAGUUCCCAACCGUAUGUUUCACGUUGUACGGUCAGUCUCCAUUAAAAGUGUGAAGUUCUGGGAAAAAGCUAGCCAAACAUUAGCCACAUCUACAAACCUAUGCAUACAUACAUCUCUUCGGGAGCUGACAACGCUUGGAAUAAAAAAUGCAGAGAACCUUGCAAUUCCAAGUGUUAGAAAUGAUGCGGUGUUUCUCUUUACAGUGGUAGGAACAACGGGGUUUUUGGGUGUUCUUGCUGGCCAGCUUCCUGGGGAUUGGGGCUUCUUUGUGCCAUACUUGAUUGGGAGCAUCUCUUUGGUAGUUUUGGCUGUUGGAAGCAUUUCCCCUGGGCUUCUUCAGGCUGCCAUUGGUGGAUUUUCAUCAUUCUUUCCCGAUUAUCAAGAGAGGAUUGCUAGUCAUGAAGCAGCUCAUUUUCUAGUUGCCUAUUUACUUGGUCUUCCUAUACUGGGCUAUUCACUGGAUAUUGGGAAAGAACAUGUCAAUCUAAUUGAUGAAAAGCUAGAAAAGCUGAUAUACAGUGGACAACUUGAUGCAAAAGAACUAGACAGGCUGGCAGUUGUAGCAAUGGCUGGAUUGGCAGCAGAAGGUCUAAAAUACGAUAAAGUGGUUGGGCAAUCUGCUGAUCUUUUUACUCUUCAGAGACUUAUAAACAGGAGCAAGCCCCAAAUUAGCAAAGAACAGCAACAGAACCUUACAAGAUGGGCCGUGCUGUUUGCCGGAUCGCUCUUAAAAAAUAACAAGGUACUUCAUGAAGCUCUAAUAUCAGCAAUGUCAAAGAAGGCAACUGUAAUGGAAUGCAUAGAAGCAAUUGAGAAGACUGAAUGACUUCAUAGAGCACAGUAUCCUAGAUUGAGAAAAUUAAAAGGUUUUUAUUUUCUUUUUUUUCCAAUGUUUUUAUAUUCAGCUUCUUAAUUUUUUCCCAGUGCUGGAAAAUUGGAUGUAGUGGACUCUCUGUCCUGUUUAAAAAAAACAUAAAGUUUCAUUGCAUUUGACAUCAACACGUACAUAUAAAUCAUAAUUUUGUGGACAGAAAGGAAAGAUUACAACUCUUUGCGAUAGUUAACAGACAAGAGCAGGCCAGAG